CUUGCUGCCCCCCCCAGAUACCCCUCCCGUCACCCUCUUGGCGUCCCCGGGGGCAGCGGAGCCGUGCUGAGUCAUAGGGGUCCGGCGCGGCCAUGGCGGGUCUCCUCGCGGGCGCGGGCCCCAGGAGGCGCGGAGGGCUCGUGGCGGCUGUGGUUAAAACCCUUCCUGCAGCGGGACGGGAUGAGAGCCCCGGCGGCUCAGCUCCCGGGGAGGGAGGUCACGCCUCGGCCCUCCGCGGUGGGCAGCGGCGCUGGGGCUGCCUGGACGGGCCGGGCACUGGGGUGACUCGGGGGUGUUGCUUCUGGGGAGUGUUUCGUGGUUUACUCCUUGAGUUUAACUUUGGUUUUCCCUCUUGUCACGUCCCCCAGAAUUCCAGAGGCACUGCUUCUCUAUUGAAGAAUAGUAUCCCAUUUACAGAUGUUUCAGCUUCAGGGCUAUUUGAAGGUCAUGAUCUUCUGCGCCGAGGCUUUACAAGUGUGAAAAACGAUUUGUUGCCCAGCCACCCACUGGAGUUGACAGAAAAAAAUUUCCAGUUAAAUCAAGAUAAAACAAACUUUGCCACACUGAGAAACAUCCAAGGAAUCCACGCACCUUUAAAGCUGCAGAUGGAAUUCAGAGCAGUGAAACAGGUCCAGCGUCUACCAUUUCUUCACAGCUCAAACAUGGGAAUGGAUAUUUUGAGGGGAAAUGAUGAAUGCAUUGGUUUUGAGGAUAUCCUUAAUGGUAAAUACAUUCUGGCUUUAAUAUUAUGGAAACAUUUAAGGGUAAAAUUUGGGAGCUGUGAAGUUCUUUGCCGCUUCUGAACAAGAGAAUUAAACUCCCAAAAUGCAAAAAACAACAUUAAAUCCUAAAAGCAAAGAAGCAUAGGGGAAGGAGAAAUAAAUGUAAUUCAGCUGUAAGUUAUGUGGAAAUCACUCUGAGAUAUUGAGCAAGACAGUAUUUGCUUGUAGGCUGGGGGAGUAGAAUAUGUAUGUAUGUUGUAUGCCUCUUUCCUCAGAAACUUUUAAAGUAUUUGUGCAGAUUUUGUCAAGCAGAGGUUACAAAGUUUUUAUCUGUAGUUAAGAAGAAAAUGUUAGAGAAGGGGUACAGAAUUAGUGAAACAGAUAGAUACUUAGCAGAGAAAAGGCUCCCUCAAAUGAACUCAACAGGCUGCAGUUGUGUGGUAGUUUGACUAUUAGUAUGUGUGGAAUAGAAUAAAUCUGGAAAAAUGGCUUUUGAACAAAUUACUUCUAGCUUGUAUUUAAGGAGAUGGAAGGAGGCAGAGAGUAUUUUGAAGUGGGAUUGGAGAAGAAAUAGCUGGGGAGACAGGAAGCUGGAAAUAAUGGAGGAACAAAUCUGAAUCUAGAGGCAUGAAAAUGACCCCAAAUCUGGGGUUAUUUUCUGAGAUGGAUAUAGAGGGACCAAGGGAAGGAAUCUUGGGCUAUUGUGGUUCUAUAGGGGUAGAGCAGUGUCGAACAUAAUUUGUAAAAAUUUGGUUAUUUACCUUUGCUCACAACAAACUGUUAGAUUUUUAUAGAGUGCUGAGGAGAGUGGGUUACAAGUGUUUUUGUUAAGGCUUUAUUUAUCAGGAAGUGGACUAGAUACUUCUGUUGUCUCUGGAGGAAUCAGAGGCAUUAAUAUGUCUUUAUGGAAAGAAAACUUGAUUGAUCCACCCAUAAAGAAAAGUAUAUUUCUUCCAAACAGUCGCAACAUGUGUGCUGGCCCUGGGUUUGUUUUUUUGUUUGAUUGAUUUUUUAAAAAAUUUUUGUGUAGAAAAGAAAUUCAUACUGUCAGUAUUGGUCUCUCUUGUGUCCUCUGCACAUUCCUUGGUAGCCUUUGAGUACAGUGGCUAAGGUCAACCAUACUUUGCAGAAUGGAGGAAAUCUCAGAUAUUUACAGGUGUAGAAUUUCUGUGAAACUAGGCAGCUGAGUGGAAAGGAGAAACCAGGAGUAUGUCCCAGCUAACAGAAGGGAGGACUGUGAGCUCCUGUUUUGCAGAGAAGUUAUGUUGGAAAGAGGUGUAGGGCAACUUUGGAGAAAAGAUUCAGUCAGACUUGAGUUUUCUCUUUCUAAACUUGUAGUGUAAUCCCUUUGAGAUUCAGGCAGUUGGAGUCUGGGCUUAUGCAGAAUUGGUUUUACUUGAAAUGUAUGUGUGUGUCCUUAUGACAAGCUGUUCUACAAUACGUGUUUGUUCUGUGAUCAGUGCUUUGGAUAGAGGCUACUGAGUUACAGAUCUGCACUCGGCAACACUGUCAAAAAUCAAAUAACUGUUGCACUAAGCAUUAUAAUGCAAAGAGAUGUUCACCUUCAUUUGUUAUUGUUAUUCUUUGUAUCUUGGUAAAGGCUUCACACUGUCUACUUUUCUUUUUUCAGAUCCUUCCCAGAGUGAGGUUAUGGGAGAACCACACAUGAUGAUGGAGCACAAGCUUGGUUUAUUGUAACAAAAUAUACUUCACAAACAUG